UGUACCAUAAAUGGCAACAAUCAUCAACUUGACCAACAACAAAUGUUAACCAUUUCUAAUGAUAAUGGUAUGGAUGUUGAACAUCCUAUCAACACCAACGAUGUAAAAAUGUCAUCAAAUGGCCAUUCGGUUAACAACGAUUCACCAACAACAACAACAACAACAACAUCGUUGCAACAAUCACAAUCUAUUCUACAAAAUGAUGAAAAUAACGAUUUGGACAUGAACACAUUGACCAGUCGAUUAAUCGAACGUAGUUCUUAUCGUAACAGUCGUCGACGAAAUCAUAAUGGCUCAUCAUCAUCAUCACAUAGACAGUGUUUCGCCACAACAUUUAAACAUGAUGAAAAUGUCAUGACAAAUAUGGUGCCGAUUUCUAGAAAAUUCGUAGAUUGUUCACCGACAACUAUGACCGAAUUGACAACCGACAAAGAUUAUCUUGAUUAUAUAGCCAAAUUACAAAUGGACAGUUUGAUUCCACUUAAAGAAGAUGUUGCCGAUUGGCUUAAUCGUACUCUUAAUUUAGAUGAAUCAAUUAACAUAGAUAACUUUAUGGAACGUCUAGAAAAUGGUGUGCUUGUUUUUAAAUUGAUACGUGUGAUUGAAGAUCAAAUCUGUGCUAAACAUCAUUCCGAUACGAACAUGAUGAUUGAUGGUACACCUAUAAUGAUUAAUGAUAACGGACGAAAAUUGGAUGGAUCUCAAUCAGUCACCAAGAAAUUCAUUACGAUGAACAAGAUGAAUGGUCAUCAUCAACUUAUUGGUACGACAAAUUCAUUAAAUCGUCGAUGUUCAUUACCGAUUGGCAAUGAAAAUGUUUCUGGUUCACAGCCAAUGUUCAAUUCUAUUGGGUUUUUAAGUGCAUAUCAUAUGAAAUGCUGGGAAAAUGCUAAGCCACAUACAUUUUUUGCUCGAGAUAAUGUCAGUAAUUUUCUUGAAUGGUGUCGUAGGUUUGGUGUAAAAGAUGCUGUACUAUUUGAAACUGAGGAUCUUGUAUCUCAUGUCAACCAACGAAACGUAGUUCUUUGUAUAUUAGAAGUGGCACGAAUUGCAUGUACUAAGUAUUCAUUUAGUCCGGCACCCGGUCUUGUUGAAUUGGAACAAGAAAUUGAUCGUGAAAUUGAACGAGAGCUUCAACUACAAAAACAAGCCGAGCAUACCAGAGUGACUAGCAAUGAUGAUCGGAAAAAUUGCCAAAAACCCGAAAUUCCCGAUAAGCCAGCUACAUUAAGAACAAAAACUGCUCAACAUCAUUCCAGAAAUAUUUGCCGCCAAUUAUGGCCUAACAAUGAAAAUGAUGCAACCAUCCAACAAGAUGAUAUUGAUUCCAUCGAUUCGACAAGAUCAUCCUUUGCCAAUACAACUCCUUUAACGCUAGUCAAUCAACAAUCUAACGGUUCAAUAAACAGAGAAUGUCGAGAUGAUGAUGAAGAAGAUAUCACUCUUAUUUCUGCUCAGAAUGAUUCAAAAGAUGUAGGAUUUGUUGAUGCUGAUUCUGGUUGUUCAUAUUCAUCAUCGAAUCAUUCUGAUUCAGUACUGCCAAGAUCACCUAGUUCAAAUUCUGUAUUAAGUUCAACAUCAAGUUCAGCAGCAUCGGCUACAUAUUUUGGUGAUCAUGGUGGUUGUACAACCGAAACAUCUUCGACAUGUUCAUCGACACCUACGCCAAUGACCUCUGAACUAGAUCACAAGGUUAUGCAAAUUGCCAAGACUUAUUAUGGGAAAGAAGCUAGACAAGGUGUACAAAGACUUUCUGAAGGUAAAUACAAAAUAGCCAACCGAAUAGUUUUUGUUCGACUACUAAAAGCUCGUCAUGUGAUGGUUCGUGUUGGUGGUGGCUGGACAACAUUAAGUCAUUUUCUUGCACGUCAUGGUGGUGACCCGAAUCAACAGAUAUUGCCAGAUGAAUUACUUCCGUUAGAUACAAAAUCAAGCCAAAUGAAUUGUCCGAACGGUGGAAUGAAUAGUCAAUCAAGAACGGCCAAUGCUAAUCGUCAUCAUCAUAGCCAUCGUAUUCAUAAUAAUAACAAUAAUGGAAGUACAACCCAUACUCUAGUCAUUUCAACGACAACAAAAACAACUACCAUUCAUAAUCCAAAUAAUAAUGUUGGUUCAGCACGAAAAUCAUCGAUGACAUCAGAUUUAUUGAAAUUGACCAAUAAUAAUGGUCAACAGAAAUUUAUUUCGACAAAUGGUCGAAAUGUUGGUAUGAUGUCAAUCAAUUCAACACCUGUAAGCCGUCGUAAUUCGGUUUCAUCAACAGCUGAUAGUCCAGAACCAUCAUACCAUUCGACAUCAGCAACCAACUCUGUACUCUCCACUAUUGCACCAUUAUCAUCGCAAACAAAAAUUCCUAUAUUGCGACAAACCUCACGUUCAAGAUUGCCAUCGAUGAUUGGAAAUGAAACAACACCAUCAUCCAAACAAUUACUACGGUCAACCAGUUCCAUAAUCAGUAUAUCACCAUCUCAGGAACUUUCAACGUAUCUGAAACAGCAACAAUUACGACAACAAACAAUGACCAAUGGUAAGAUACAAUAUACACAACAUUCAAUGAUACCUCGAUCAACAACCGAAUUUGGACAAAUGCGUAGAUAUGCAAAUUAUCUACGUAGUUCACAACAUAUAACCAAUAAAGAAUCCAUAGCAAACAGCAACACAUCCAUCAAUAGUCAACAAUCACAAACACCUACUAUACGGCCAAAUCAUCGACCUAGCACAGCUUUUGGACAGAAAACAUGUUGAUUACAAUCUGUCAUGAUUGAUAUAAUUGUUUUAAAAUCUUAAAUUAUAGAAAUAAUGGUUAAUAAUUGAAGAAAUCCUGUUAUUCUGGUUAUCCAUAAUUAGCAAAAAAGAAAAAUAUGUGUUCAUUGUUUAAAAUUUUUAUUUCUGUAUACAUACAUGACAAUAAAUGAAUGAAAAAAAUGGAUCAUCAUAUAAUGUUUAUAACCAUUCUUCAACUAUGGAACUUUUUUUCUAAUAUUUCUUUUUCACAUUUUUAUCAUC